CGCGCUUUUAAUUCGUAUCCAAGCCACCAACCAUUUCAUAGUACACGUAUAAAUGGAAAGCAAAGUAACCCCAUUCACAACACUAGAGAGACAUAGAUAUGGAACAAGAAGGAGAAAGGAGAGAGGAGAAUAGACAACAAGUCCAACGUGCAGCACAACAACAACAACAACCACCGCAGCAGCAGCAGAAAUGUCCACGCUGUGAUUCCAUGAACACCAAGUUCUGCUACUUCAACAACUACAGCCUCUCACAACCUCGUCACUUCUGCAAAACAUGUAAAAGGUAUUGGACACACGGUGGAACCUUCAGGAACAUACCCGUAGGUGGUGGUUCCCGCAAGGGGAAACGUGCCAGAACUUCUGCGUUUUCCAACGCACUCUCCCUCACGCAAGCACAGCCAAAUUUGCUGAGGCCUUCACCUUCUCCACCCACCAUGCUUCAUUCAGCUAGCUCCUUUUACCAACUUGCUGGUGCUGGUGUUGGUGUUGGUGUUGGCGUUGGUGGAAGUGGGUUUUUGUCUUCUCUGGCAACGCUUCACUCUCUCAACUCUUCACGUCCUUUCAAUCAUCACUAUCUCAAAGUUGGGGUUGCUGGGGAUGUUGCCGGUUCUUCUUCUAACUCUUCUCUUCUCUCUGGCUUCAACGCUGCUUCCAAUUCCCUUCCACCGCGGUUCCACCACAUGGGUAGGGUGGAAUCUCUCUAUCCUACACAACAACGUUUGGUUAUUCCAUCGAACGUGGGGGCUAGUGCCACUGGCUCUCACACUACUCAACUUCCACAAAGCUUGAUCGUGAGUAAUAAUAAUGCUACCAAUGCCUCUUUGUGGAGCACUACUACUAUCACCGCCAACGGUAAUAACUCUGAUCAGAACAAUGUCAAAGCUGGUGGUUCUUCUUUGAUCCCAAAUCAUUGGCUUCAUCUCCCUGGGUAUGCUCCUCCUCAAUAAUUCUAUAUCCUUGGAGUUGGAAUUUAGAGGGUAAUUUGUUUCGUCUUUCUUUGUUUUUCCUUCUAGUAUAUCAUAAUAAGGUUGCGGGAUAUGUAUUUGAUUCAUUAUCUGGUUGGUUGUGAAAACAUUGGACGGAAGAGGAUUUUAUUGUUAUGGGGUGAAGUUUCCUUUGUCUUGUUCAACGGAAGUGGAACUGCUAAUUAAGGUGGCUUAUAUGGUGAAGAUAAACGAGGUGAAAAUCUUCGUCUAAAACUUGAUGGAAGACCUGGUUCCCCAUGAAUUGUGCAUGUGGGGGUUACUAAAUCCCUUCUCAAUUUCUUUUUAGCUCCAGAAUCUAAAUGCUUGGUCCCUUAUUUUUUUAUUUAUUUUGCAACAUAAUUGUGUGCUGCUUAAUGUUGUGAUUACGCUUCCAAGUGUACUUUCACAACUGAAUGUCAAUUUUUUCC